CCCACCAAUUUUUUUUUUGUGGCCUUCCCGUAACGGCGCAGCGAUCGCUGCGAGCACGAGAUGAUCGAGGUCUCGUCCGGCCAUUUUGAGCUCUCGGAGUCCGAGUCUCUUCAGGCGCUCGUCGCUUUCGUUCGAUUCGGCCCGCGAUUGCGACGGGAAACGUGCUGGAAUUCUCGUCGAGGGCUAAUUCAUCUGUGACUUAAGCUAGGAGAGCAAAUUGGAAACACAAGGAGCGAGAUUGAGAGAGUGGGAAAGGGGGGGCGGGUUACUACUUUUGAAGCGUGGCUGCGGCUACGAGAGGAAGGAUGAGUAAUAUACCUGGCUCUCAAACUUCAUUUACUGAUCAUGAUACUGCAUCAUCAGAGUUGCUGUUGAGAAGGGCCAGUUAUGGAAAAAUUGCCACAGGCUUGGGAGGAAGUGCAUGGACACCCUUAAAUGAGGAUGUGCACGAUCUGCUUGAAUGUCCCGUUUGUAUAAAUUUAAUGUACCCUCCCAUUUACCAGUGUCCAAAUGGCCACACUAUAUGUUCAAGCUGCAAGACCAAACUCGAGAACCUAUGUCCAACUUGUCGCCAUGAGCUUGGAGAUAUACGAUGCUUGGUGCUAGAAAAAGUAGCAGAAUCCCUAGAACUCCCUUGCAGAUUUCAGCUUCUAGGGUGUAGGGGCAUAUUUCCGUACUACAGCAAGCUUAAGCAUGAAAAGAACUGCAAACAUCGUCCCUAUGCUUGCCCUUAUGCUGGAGCCGAUUGUUCUGUUACUGGUGACAUCCCAUUUCUUGUCAUGCAUCUUAAGGAUGAUCACAAUGUUGACAUGCAUGAUGGAUGUACCUUUAACCACAGAUAUGUCAAAUCCAAUCCACGAGAAGUCGAGAAUGCUACAUGGAUGUUGACUAUCUUCAACUGUUUUGGUCGACAAUUUUGCUUGCACUUUGAGGCUUUUCAGCUCGAGAUGGCUCCUGUUUAUAUGGCCUUCCUACGUUUUAUGGGCAACGAGGAUGAAGCGAAGCAGUUCAGCUACAGCCUCGAAGUCGGGGGGAAUCGUAGAAGGUUAAUAUGGCAAGGCAUUCCAAGGAGCAUUCGAGAUAGCCAUAGGAAAGUCCGAGAUAGUCUGGAUGGUCUAAUAAUCCCCAGAACCUUGGCAAUGUCCUUUUCUGGUGGCAACGGACAGGAACUGAAGCUCAAGGUCGCCGGCCGCAUAUGGAAGAAUGGUGAUAUAGAAGCCGGCUAUUACUCGUGACUCAAAGCUUGCUUUAGUCGGUAAGAGAGGCUCACCAGUUUUCCGCUAGCAGGUGCAAUUGCGAGCGGUUUUACUUAAUCCCACGGGAGAAAGGCUUAGCUUAUUCGUGUCGUGGGUGUCUUAAUGUAUGAUGUCUGUAACAUAAUUAUUUCGGGCUAAGCAACUAGCAUUUGAAGACCAGUAUUCAGACAAAUGACGCCAAAAAGAAUUAAUUUUUCGGACUCGAAUCGCUUUCGGGACUCAGCAUUUUCUCA